UUUUCCCAAAAAAUAGGAUAAUCCAAUUCUACCCUAAAAUCUCGCGGAUUUGCAAGGAAAUCAAGGGUAAGAACGGAAAUUAAUGUCCUUCAAUACAACCAUCAUAAAUAGAGAUAUCAAUCACCCCAAAAUCAAAACAAAAUCUGCAUUCCGUAUUUCCGUCCCAAUACUUGACUAAAUCGCAUCGUUUUCCAUCAUCUUCUCUUGAAGAAUCCAAAAAAUAUAGGAAAAAUGCUGGCUGUAUUCGACAAAUCUGUAGCAAAAUGUCCUGAGGGAUUACAGAGUCCUAACCCAGAAUCUGUUUUUGCUUUGAAGGAUGGUGUUUUGGCUCAACAUUUCUCAUCUGUUAAUCCUGAUUCCGUCACCAUUAACCUUGCUCAAUCUGGUUUCAUUUCCUACUCUAGCCUCAAUCAAAACCCUGUUCUUCCAAGAUUAUUUGCAGUUGUGGAUGACAUCUUCUGCUUGUUCCAAGGCCGUAUUGAGAAUUUUGCACCCCUUAAGCAGCAGUAUGGAUUGAGCAAAACAGGCAAUGAAGUCAACGUUGUCAUUGAAGCUUAUAGAUCUCUGAGGGAUAGAGGUCCUUAUCCUAUUGAGCAUGUUAUAAGAGAUCUUCAUGGGAAAUUUGCUUUUGUCCUUUACGACUCUGCUUCAAAAAAUUCGUUUAUUGCUGUAGAUCCUGAUGGGGAUGUCCCUUUCUUCUGGGGAGCUGAUUCAGAAGGCCACCUUGUUGUAUCAGAUGAUGCGGAGAUUGUUAAGAAGGGAUGUGGAAAGUCAUUCGCCCCAUUUCCAAAAGGUUGCUUCUUUACAAGCACUGGAGGGUUAAGGAGUUACGAGCAUCCACGUAACGAGCUAAAGGCGGUGCCUAGAGUAGACAGUUCUGGUGAAGUAUGUGGUGCAAACUUUAAGGUCGAUGCAGAAGCUAAAAAGGAACCAUUUGGUAUGCCAAGGGUUGGUAGUGCCGCGGAUUGGUCUAAAAACAUAUGAGUUGAUGGUGACUUGACCGAAAGCCAUUAGUAUGGCAGCCUGCUAGGGAUGUUACUUUUUUCUGCUAAAAGCUCCUUAGUAUGGCAUAUACCAAGAAAUAAUUGUUGCACUACUUUUCAAAACAAACACAAACAAGUGAACUGCCUUUGCUAGAAAUCUUAACUAUUGCUGUUACUCUCUGUUUACUGUUUUAGAUCGUAAACCACAUCUUGUUUGAGCUUCUGGCAGAUUUGGAGCAUCCGACAUGCAGAUAUGUUGCUCACCUGAGCAUCAACCUGUUGAUGCUUGAAUCUGAAAUAAGUGCACUUGCAUAAACCCUAGAAAAAUCUAGCAUAAACCACACCACUAUCCUCAACAAUCUAGCAUAAAUCACACCACUAUCCUCAAAGGAGCAUGUAUUUUCGUGACGUAUCUUAAGCUUAGCCCAUUAAAAAUUAAUAUUUACCGUAUUUUUAAUGUCUACUUAUAUUAUCAUUAAUGCUUACUUACCA